CUUAAUUGUAGCAUAAGAAGUAUCCAAGUAGAAUUUGUGCUAGGAAUUUUAAUAUUUUUUAAAAAUUCCAAUCUAAAAAUUUUUCCUACAAGAUAUUCGAAAAAUGGGCACUGGGAAAUUUGUGGAAAUAACUGCUGAGAAUGAAACCUUGUUCGAGGACGUUUUAAAGAACAAGCUACCUUUAACUGGACAGCUACUAAACGUUUGGCGGUUAAGGCGACAAGGAAAGUUUACGGUGGAAAAUUCUGUAAAAUUUUACAUUUACUUGGUAACGAAAGAAUUAGGAUGUGUCCAAGAUAUUUUCGUGCUUUGUGUGCAAGAGCCAAAUAUGCACGGACUUUAUUCCGUAAUUAUUCACGCUCCAGUUUCUCCAACGCACGAGAUGAUUAAAGCUUUCGAGGAUUUCGUGGAAUGGGACAGAAAUCCACUCUUUCCGGCUGCACCGGGACCAUUUACGGACGCGUUUUUAAAACCAAUUUGUCUUAAAAGGGGUGGCAUACCUCCCAAAGAGCAUGCAUGCGAAGCUUAUGCUCUCGAUGGGGACAGGGCGAUGACAGGUCAACGGGAAAAUGUAUUUCCUUUACAAAGUACGAAUAUCAUGAAAAAGGGGAUCGCAUUCGGCUUGCAGAUUUGA